AUGGUGAAAGCGUACAAACAAGAACACGUUUAUAAACAUCCAUGGGAACGAGUAACAUCAGCAUCAUGGCGAAAAUUCACCGAUCCAGAAAACAAACGCGUUUUAUCGCAUAUUCUUGAUGUCAACACAUUGAGCACAAGCCUCGAUUCAUCCUCCGGGAAGCUUUACGCGACGCGCGCUAUAACCGUUCGCUGUCCGUGGCUAGUGCGGAGAAUUAUCGGUGAAGAUAUUUGUCACUGUGUUGAAUCAACAGUCGUCGAUGCGAAAUCGCGUUCGAUGAUGCUUAGUUAUAGGAAUAUUAGUAUGGAGAAGUUUAUUGAAGUGGAAGAGAAUACUCGAUAUGAUCCGCAUCCGGAUAAUCCGAAUGGAUGGACGGUUUGUAAGCAGGAAACUCGGAUUCGGAUUAAGCCAUUGUCGGCUUUGGCGUCUAUGGCGGAGAAAGUUGAGCAGCGUUGUGCUGAUAGGUUUCUUCAGAAUAGUGCUAAGAGUAGGGAUGUUAUGGAGAGGAUUUGCAAAUAUCUUGAGGCUGAAUCUAGUUCUUUUUCUGUGUGA